GUUCCCGUAGAAACUUCCGGGGCGGAUGUGGCUGCCGGAUGCGUUUUGGGGCCGCCACGCACGGCGUCUCCCACACGUGCACACUUUGUUCAACACGCGGCGUUUCCUUUUUAGUUUAGACGAUUAAAGCGCGCAAUGAGACCAGCGGCCGAAUAGCGAGAUGCUGAGCGAUUCCGAGGCCGCCGAGCUGCUCUCCUUCCUGACGCCUGCGACGCGGCCCGACGUCAAAGGCCACACCGCCGGCUACAUCCUGGGCUUGUCGGGAAACAGAGACGGCUGCCGCUUCCUCCGCGCCAGACCCGACAUCAUCGCCGCUCUUUUCGCACUGACGUCCGACCCGUCCGCCGCCAUCGCAGAGGACUGCUACCGCAUCCUGAUCAACCUGUCGGCCGACGAGACGUUACACCAGGUGCUGGUGACUGACAUCGGCGUGGUCCCCUCGCUGCUCAAGAACCUCAAGGACCCGCAGUUCCCGUUUGCCGACAAGAUCUGCACCAUCCUGUCCAACCUGACGCGCCACCAGAAGACGUGCAAGACGCUCUUCAAGGUGUUCCAGGAAGAAAUGGGCCUGGCGCAGCUGGUGGACAUCUUGUGCACGGAGGGUUACAACCCCCACGCCGACAUGCACUACCUGGCGCCGCUGCUGUCCAACCUCACGCAGCUGCCCGACGCCAGACGCUUCCUGAUGGACAAAGACAGGUGUGCGGUCCAGCGCUUGCUGCCCUUCACGCAGUUUGAGGCGUCGGCGCUCAGGCGCGGCGGAGUCGUCGGCGUCCUGCGCAACUGCUGCUUUGAUCACGCCAAUCACGAGUGGUUGCUAAGCGACCAAGUGGACAUCCUGCCCUUCCUGCUGCUGCCGCUGGCCGGUCCCGAAGAACUGAGCGAGGAGGACAAUGAAGGUUUGCCCGUGGACCUUCAGUACCUGCCGGAGGACAAGAAGAGAGAAGAGGACCCCGACAUCCGCCAAAUGCUCCUGGAGACGCUCAUGCUGCUGGCGGCGACGAAAGACGGCCGGCGGACUCUGAAAGACAAGAACGUGUACGUCGUCAUGAGGGAGUUCCACCGCUGGGAGAAGGACCCCAAAGUCACCAGCGCCUGUGAAAAACUGGUGGAGGUGCUGAUCGGGGACGAGCCGGAGCGGGGCAUGGACAACCUGCUGGAGGUCAACAUUCCGGAAGACGUGGAGGAGAAACUGAAGGAGGCCCACGCCGAGGAGCAGCGGGAGCUGCAGGCCGAAGAGGAGAGACGAAAUCAAGACGACGACGACCAGACGGACAUCAGGCAGGAGUAAUGCCACUUCUCAAAUAUUUUCAUAAACCCAUGUUUGUUUGUUUUGUAUGUCGUGUAUGAGCAGGAAGCUGUCUUCGGACAACAGUUAUGUAAAUGCGUGUUUCAUUUAUUCAUACAAAUACAUGUAAACAUAAACAAAGCCUGAACA